UGAACCGGCGGGAAAGUUUAUGAAUACGAGAUCAUGUGAUUCCCUACUACUAUAACUGCACGUGGAGGAGCUGAUCUCUCUGUUCGUGGGCUGUUUCAGACCAGGCUGAUGGUGUAAAGGAGAAGUGAAUGCAACACUGAAGGAUUACAUGGAGAAGCCCGGCUCCUAACAGUGCUGUCGUUGGCGUGUGACGACAUCACGUUCUGUUGUCGCUGCCGUCCGGAGAGAGAAGAUCAUGGAGGAAACUCUGUGUGUUUUCCUGCUUAUUUCUCAGCUCUCUGUCGCUGUCAGUGGAACACUUGUAGUGAAUGUGGCACAGACCUUCUAUCAGGCAGAGGAGAACCACCACAUCACACUGGAAUGGACCUUCACACCCAAAACUCUCAGCUCCUCCAACAUUUAUAUCCUCUGUCAACAGAUAACUGAUCAGAGAGCCUCAAGACUGUUUCAUCUCCAUGAGGGUGUUGAGGUCUCAGAGUCUCAGGAUGAACAGUUUUCAGGACGAGUCCAGUUUGACAAAGACGUCCUCAGAGAAGGACGACUCAGACUUGAUGUGUCCAGACUCAGGACUGAGGACUCAGGUCUGUACCUGUGUGAGGUCAACACAGAGUCCGGUUCAAGCUCUGACAAGUGUCGACUCAGCGUCACUGUGAUUCAUCAGCUCACCUGUCAGACUGAACCGAACCAGGCAGAAGAAGGUGGUGAUGUUUCACUGCAGUGUCGUCUGGAUCCAUCAGUGGACUUGAGGAGAGAAACACUGGAGUUUACCAGAGCUGACCUCAACAGAGAAGAUGAUGUGGUCCACUUGUAUCGACACGAAAAGGACCAAACUGAUCCACAGAUGGAUCAGUACAGAGACAGGACGACUCUGAUCCAUGAAGAUCUGAUCAGAGGAAUCAUCAGUCUGAACAUCUCCUCAUUGACUCUGACAGACAGUGGACUGUACAGAUGUUACGUCCCAGGACUAGCAGACAGUUGUACCAUAACUCUUACUGUUGUGAAAAAAGACAAAGACAACAGGACAAACACAACGAUCAUCGAGUCAGAGAAACCUGGACCUAAAGAGGAGAAGGAUGUUGAUGUCAUUGUUGUUGCUGUUCUUGCUGUUCUUCUUUUCAUUCUUGGUCUGAUUAUCGGAGUCCUGGUGAAACAUAGAAAUCUCUCCAUUUGUCAGAGGAGGGAGGGAGGAGGAGACCAGGGACGAGAGCUGGCAGACGUGGACUGAUGGUCGAUGGACGGACGGCUGCUGGAGAGAGAAGACGUUUAGAACCUGAGUGUUUAACAGCUGCUCUGGUUUCAGCAAUUCAGGCAGUUUCCAAUCUGCCUUGAACUUGUAUGUAUUUUUGCCAUGCAAACUGUAAUAUAAUCAUCAUAUGAUACUAAAUGAGUAAAUGACUUUGACCAGCUUCAGUGUUGCUGUAGAAGUUGUUGGUUAAACGUUUCCUGCUGGACAGGAACCUUUGUUCACUUGUUGUUCACUGACUGAGUUUGUAAAUAAAGUUGGUUUGAAAACA